AUGAAGCCACGAAAAGACGUCAAGCCUCUUUUGGUGGUUUCAUUUGUGGCUGCUGUUUUGAUGCUUGUGGAGUACGAGUACUGGAGUGAAACAGAUUAUCUCUCAUCAGCCAUCGCCGCGUUGAGACAGAAUGUUCGUCUGACCUUUGAAUCAAACACUACGCUAAAAACAGAAAGGGUCCAUUUUGAAGGCGAAUCAAGAUCCGAGGAGAAAUGCGCGAUACCAUUAGCUUUCAACGCAGAUCUUCAUGAGCGGAGUAAGACAAAAUGGCCCUGUAAGUUGCCAAUUUUGGACCCUUUUCAUCCGCAAGUGAUGAAAGCGAUUACACCAGUGGCGUCACUAAACUGCAAGGGGAGGCUUUUUACGGAGUUCCAAAACGGAAAAUUUCGACUCCUAGAUGACGUUAGAAAAGAGCAUGAAAUCGUUGAAGUCUUCGCCGAACCGAUCUACCGUAAAACUGAUUAUGAUGUAAAGUUGGGACAAAGGAUCUUUGUUAACUUAACGAAUAGGGAGGCAAGAGUAAAUAGCGAUUUUCUCAAAGUAACCGUUCGAUUUAAGAACGGCAAAAUCCAAUCCGAUUUCCACGCCGCGAUUUCAGAGAUCGACGACGUUGCAAAAGAGAAAGAAACGCACAGUGCACCCUUGAACAUAAUGAUUUUAACUUUCGAUGGAACGUCUACCGCCCACUUCAAAAGAUUGUUGCCAAAGACGUAUGCCUACCUUAGAGAUGGGCUGGAUUCCAUAUUUUUCAAGGGUUAUUCUAUUGUUGGAGAAUCAACAACUCCGGCGAUGACUGCUUUCUUAACUGGCAAGUCGGUGUCGGAGAAUUGUGAAUUCAAGGAAGCGAGACGAGGAUAUAAAAAUUCGAGUUACGUGGACAAGUGGCCAUUUAUAUUCAAGGAAUUAAAGCGUCUUGGAAUUGCUACAAUGUGGAGUGAAGAUCAACCUGGUAUAGGAGCAUUUCAUCUCACACUAAAGGGAUUCAAAGAUCAGCCAACUGAUCAUUAUGGAAGACCUUUGUGGUAUGCAGGAGAUAAGGGCCUUUGUUUCAGCUCUCAGCCACAGUUUGAAUUACAACUCAAAUAUCUUAAAAGCUUUAUGAAAUCCUACCCGGGAAAAAGGAAAUUUGGUUUCACAUUUCUAUCAAACUUGUGCCAUCGACAACCUGGCCUAGCCCACGCAGCUGACGAUGGAUUACUGUCUUUUUUCGUUUCACUUAAAGAUAAAAAUUUGUUGAACGACACCAUGUUCAUCACAAUGGCUGAUCAUGGUGCAAGAUUUGGCGUCGUGCGUGAAAGCCCUCAAGGAAAGUUGGAGCACAGACUUCCACUUCUUUCUUUGACUCUUCCGCCUUGGUUUAAACGGAGUUAUCCGGCGCAAAUGACAGCAUUGGUUAGGAAUACCCGGAUAAUUUCCUCACCCUUCGAUCUUCACAAAACGAUGAAGCAUCUGUUGAUGUUUCCAGAGAAAACUUUGGUUCAAACGGAUACGAUCGGUAGCAGUCUUUUUGAACCACUUUCAGAAGACAGGAAAUGCAUUGAUGCAGGUAUUCCGGAAAAUUACUGCCCGUGUUUAAGAUGGCAACCAAUUAGCAUUGCUCAUCCGCACGUGCUUCGAGCUGUUAAGGCGGCAGUGAGCCACGUCAACGAGUUGUUGAUGUCUCACCCAACGACAGCCAAAUUAUGCCAUCGACUAGAGAUGAAGACAGUGUUAGAAGCUUAUCAAAAAAUUCCAAGUCUUGAAAUGCAUCUGAAUUUAGACCAAGAAAAUACAACAUGUAGUUAUCAAAUUCAGUUUCAGGCUACACCUGGUGAUGGUGUAUUUGAAGGUAUAUUCAGAUUGGACUCAUCGGGGAAUUUCAGAGUCUAUGGAGAUAUUGAUCGUGUUAACAAGUACGGUGAUCAACCUAAGUGUAUUGUUGCACAUGCGCCGUCAAUGCGACCGUACUGCAUUUGUUUGUCACAAAAUACGCCUGACACCAACAGACGGGUAUAG